GGUCUAGAAAUCGGCGAAUUGGACGUCCUGCGUGAACCAGAACUGAGGCGUGAAGCGAUCUUCACUUUUGAACCUACGGACCGAAAAUAUUACUCUAGACGCAAAGUCACGCGCGAACGGGAGCCUUUUCGCUCACUAGACGAGUGUCUGCUUUGCGAUUCUCUCGGAAAAUUCAGGACACCAAACAUCACGGAUAAUAUCCAAACAGAUCACGUCAGGCAAGGUCCUAUAGCUCAAGAUGGACGACAGAAUGGAUCUCGACGACCACUCGCCAGCUCACCAUGUUGGCGAACCACAAAGCGGUGUUCACAGUGCCGCCUAUUUCUACAACCAGUACGACGACGACAUACCACUGGACCCUGAGCUCAUGGCUGGAGAUGAUGAUCAAACGGACGGCCUUGACGGCUACGAUCUCGACGACGAACAAAUGCAGGACGGCUUUGUCGACCCCGAAGAGGAAUUUAUAGACUCUGAUACCGAAGAGAUUCGUGCCGAAAUCCACAAAUUCGAAACCGUCCGCGACGCAUGGUUAGCUGAACACCGUGCCGACCUCCCCUCAGCUGCUUACACAGUCCUCCCUGGCGUCUCGAAAUCGAUGUCAAAACAGAUAAACAACAGCCUUAACGAUGGAAGCACCACGACCGUGGCUCCCUCCGCACCAGCACCCAAGCCCCUCCGGCCUCGUCGAAAACUCGGCCCUCGCAAGCCUCCGCGUCCUCCUCCGGAAAUUCAAAUCCGCAUCGCCGCGGCCCGCACAGCCUUCGACCGCCGGGAGUACCAAGAAGCGAUCAACAUGGUCAAGGAGAUCAUCCGGCAGCGCCCCGCAACGCCACAAGCCUGGAACCUACUCUCUCUGAUUCACGAGGAACUUGGCAACCGCGAAGCGGCGACCAUGUGCUUGAUUUCGGGCGCCUGGCUGAUCCCCAAGGACGCGCGCCACUGGAUGAACGUGGCGCUCUACUGCUUGUACGGGGUCGACAUGAUGGACGAGACCGACCCCCGUCGGAAGCUGGCGCUGGAAAGAGCGGUUAUGUGCUACUCGCAGGCGUUGCAGGCGGAUAAGCAGAACGUGGAGGCAAGGACGGGGAAGGCGGAUGCGCUGAUGCAACUUGGUCAGAGUCACCUGGCGUUGGCGCAGUAUUUGAGGGCGCUCAAGGUGCAGCCGUUGAAUAUUCGAACCGUAAGAAACCUCGCGGAGGCGGCGCUGGAUGGGAGGGAUCCAAGAAAGAAUGCGGAGGCGGCCAAGGCGGCCUAUAGACAUAUCAUUGAGUAUUUGUGGAGCCAGGGUGAUGAGGUGUAUGAGGCGAUGGAGGGCGAGUUUGAGUGGAGUGAUUUGAGAAUUUAUCUCGAGUUCUUUACGAUACUGGAGCAGUGGGAGCAAGGCGCGGCGGAGCUGAAGAGGGUCGCGAGGUGGAAGUUGGGCCGGAGGGCGGAGGAGUUCUGGGAUCGCUGGCCGGGUGAGGAUAGGGAAUGGGAUGAGGAUGAUGAGAGGAGGGAGUUGUGCGAGGAUUAUGAACCGGGACGGUUCUCGCCGAUGCAGUACGGACGGGCGUUGCCUGUGGAUUUGAGGGCUAGGUUGUACGUCUUCAGGAUGAAGAUGGGGGACAUGUACGAGGCAGAGAAGCAUCUGACGUCGUUGGACCCGUCGGCGGACACGGCGGUUGAAGACUUUUACGAUUUCCCCGAUUGUCUGAAGGAUAUUGGUAAUGCCCUGCUGGAUAAUGAAUUCCCGGCGAAGGCGUUGCAGUACUUCAGCUUAUACGAAAAGAUCGCCGACCUGGCUGGCGAUAUCUCGAUGGAUGCAGACAUCCUCGUAAGUCUCGGUCGAUGUCACAUGGCCUUAGGCGAUAAGUCGGCCGCCGAGGAACGCUUCAUUGCCGCCAUUGAGGAUGAUGAGGAUAACAUUGAGGCUCGUGUUUGCCUCGCCAAUAUGUACGAGCACGUUUCGGAUCGGGAAGGUCGCGAAGAAGCUUUCCUUUUGGUCAGAGAUGCUAUGAACCUCGAGGCCAACCAGUACACCCUUGACCAAGAAGGGAAUCUGGUCCCCAAGAGAAAGCGUCGCAGAGCUACCGGUCCCAGGAAGCCACGCAAACCGAGAGACCCCAACAGGCCGAGAGACCCCAACAACCCUAAGAAGUACGUCCCGCGCCGUCUCAUCAACGCGGAGAAGCGCAAACAGGUGGAUCUUGAACGCACUAAGGUGGCGACCAAGAAUUAUGAAAUUGUGCAGGAGUUGCAAGAGCGUGCGUUCCACAGCGACGAUUUUGAAGCCAUUCAGAACUGGACACGUGCGGCCAGGGACCUCGUCGAAGACUUCCGCUCCUUCAAGGAGUUCUAUCCCUGGGACAAGUACGUCAAGUAUCUGGGACUUGGUGGCACCGGUGGUGGCGGUGCUGCCGUGCCGUCUAGGAACUUGAAGCUGGCGGCCAUGGCCGAACGUCUCCGUCAAGGCCUCAACCCCGAGAACGGCGAUGGCACAGACAAUAUCCCUGCCGCCUCAAAGGCUCGUGUCCUCAAGUUCCCUUCUGCACAUCGCGGCAUCCCCUUUUCCGCCUGGCUCGACAUCUUCCUCUCCCUCGCCUUUGCGCUUGUCAGACAAAACCAACACCGCGAGGCCUACGUCGUCUGCCACGCCGCCCGCGACUCCGUAGUCUGGACUGCCACGGAUUCGACAUAUCUCAUCCACGUCGCGUGGGCGUCGUGCGCCGUGUACGCCGGCGACGAAGAAACCUGCGUGGCCAUCGCCCGUUACUUCAUGCGCGACUACCUGCCCGGCACCGACUCGUAUCGGAUGUUCGCCGCCAUGUGCCGGACCUGCCAGACGCCUGUAAGCUGGUACACGUCGGGUCCAGCGCAAAAGUUCAUUCUCCGGCAGAUCAAGACGAUGGAUGCCCUUGUCAUGCGCCAGAACGGCCAGGACGAAUUUCCCCCGCCAGCAUCAUCACAAAGAUCACCUUCCAAAUCGCAGCAACAAUCGCCCCUCAAAUCCCGAUCCCGCGGUGACCUUGUCGCCGCACCACUCUCAACAGCUUCCCAACAAUCCGAAUCCAACAACGACGUUACUACCCUUAAUAACCCCCAACAACACCCACCGGCAGGUGACAUCACCCUCGACGUAGCCCUUUUGACAAUCUACGGCCACAUCCUCUUUACUACCACCUCGUACUCGUAUGCGCUCUCGUACUUCGCGCGCGCCGCAUCCUUGGACCCGGAAAACCCACUGAUCAACCUCUCCAUCGGCCUCGCCUACGUGCACUACGCCCUGAAGAGACAAGCCACCAACCGCCAAUACCUACUCACGCAGGGGUUUGCUUUCCUGUUCCGAUAUUACCGCAAUCGCACCGAGGAAGAUCCCACGGCUACCAUAGGGCAGAAGAUGGAGGCUCAUUUUAAUAUGGGGAGGGCGUACAGUUUGAUUGGAUUGGGGAAUCUUGCAGGAGGAUUUUAUAGGCGGGUGUUGGAGGAGGCUGAGAGGGUUAGGAAGCAGGAAGGGGAGGAGAGUACAGAGAAAAGGAGUAGGUGGGAGGAGACGUUGGUGGUGGAGGCGGCGUAUAAUGUGAGGUGUAUGUGUUUUUUGUUGGGGGACGUGAAGGGCGCCAAGGCGGUCGCGGAGCGGUGGUUAGUUUUGGAGUGAGUACAAAAGUAUGAAAAAGGUGAGCGAGUGAAAGGUUAGCUAGGUAGCUGGCUGUUAGGAGGAAGGGAGAAAGGGGAGCAAGAGAGAGAGAGAGCGUUGAGAAUUGAAAAUGGCCGCAUUUUGCCUUGUCUAGGUAGA